UUCCUCGCCGUUUGUAUGACCGAGAAAUUCGUCUUCAAAUCAAACCGUGCGCGCAAGUUGUUCGUACGGCUAGGAAUUCAUCACAGUUUUCAAAGCUCACAAAUUCUGCAAAACAAAUAGAAUUGCCUUACUGAAACUUUCAGGAACACAAGUUGGUGCAAAAAUGCAUGUUGAACUGGGAACUCGAAUUGUCCGUGGCUUGGAUUGGAUCUGGGGUGAUCAAGAUGGUGAGGAGGGGAUGCUCGGAACAGUUGUCCAAAUAAAAAACGACCACCCACCGGCAGGCAGUGUGAAAGUUCUUUGGGAUCAUGGUGGCCAAGGAAUGUACCGUUGUGGAGAAAACAACGCCUGUGAUCUUCUCGUGUUUUGUUCACCUGCUGUAUCAAAACAUGGUGUAGGUUGCGACGUCUGCCUAAAAGAUGUUAUUGGCACUCGUUGGAGUUGCAAGGAAUGUCCGUUAACGAAUCUUUGCACCACGUGUUACAUGAAUGAUAAGCACAGUCUGCAACAUGCUUUUGAUCGAUUUGAUGCUAGUGACAAUGAAGGGACCCCAUUACCCGCACGGGCAAGGUCUGUGAAAGUCGAAGCCACUGGGUUCUUCCCCGGAGCAAUGGUUGUUCGUGGUCUUUGCUGGGAAUGGGACGACCAGGAUGGUGGCGAUGGGCAGGUAGGCCAAGUCACAGAAAUCCAGGAAUUUCACAGCAAGUACCGAAGAAAUGUAGCACGUGUGCAGUGGAUUGGGAAUGGCUUGUCAAAUGUCUAUCGCAUUGGACAUAACGGCAAGGUUGAUCUGAAGUGUGUUAAGCCUACAGCAGGAGGGCACUAUUACAAGCAUCACUUGCCAGUUUUGGGAGAAAAGAGUGAGAUGUUUGCAGCAUCAGCUAUGACUGCGAGGCCAUCUACUAUGAUUGUUGGAGCAGCUGCACCGAAUUUCCCCAUGGACGCGUUUCCUCAAGGAGCAGCUUCGAAUGUUGAAGCUGUGGCUGCUAAGAGCAUUUCGUACUCCAACGAAAAGCGGUCCAUUGAAACAUCAGAGUUAAGCUUGCUAAAUGAAAUGAGUGAAAAGAGCCAUAAGUUUGAGGUCAACGAUCGCGUGCGCAUUAGCGCGCCAAAGGACAUAUUUAUGACGCUUCAAUCAGGGCAUGGUGGCUGGAAUUCUGCAAUGGCAGAUGAAAUUGGAAAGAUUGGAGUUGUUAAUUCAAUCACAGAGAAGGGGGAUAUAAUGGUUACCAUGGAAGGGAGUGUCUCAAAAAUGGCGUUGCAUCCUCAAGUAUUGAAAAAGGUAUUAGCUCCAAAAAUUUUGAAAGAGGGAGACAGCAUAAAGAUUCUCUCAGACAUCAAUAUUGCAAAGAAGAGCUUUGCCUCUCAGAUUGGAGAAUGGAAUGAGGAGAUCGCCAAGUGCAUAGGACAGAUCGGGAAAAUCACAAAAUCAUAUGUUGAUGGCAAUUAUCGUGUUGUAGUCGGUCACAGUUCUGUUGUUAUUCCUGGCGAUUUUAUUGAUGAAAAAGUCCAGCAACUUGCUGCUGGUGAUUCUGUUGGCAAAUCUUCUGAGGUGUCAAAUGAAUUCAAAAUAGUACAAGCAGCAAAAGGUGGUGAUUUGCAAGAACUAAAAGAUAUGUUAGACGCGAAUCCACAAGAUGUGAAUACGCCAUCUUUGGACGGGACUCCCUUGAAUGCAGCUAUAUUUGAAGAAAGAGAAGACAUUGUUUCAUAUUUGAUAAACAAGGGGGCAGAUGUCAAUGUGUUGGAUAAAAACAAGCACACUGCUCUUCAUCAUGCAUUAUCAGUUGGAAAUGAAGAAAUCAUCAAAGUUGUUACUUCCAGCAAGCGCCUUGAUACCACUAUUUUGGCGGGAAAAUCCAACCUCGAUUACUUGCAAUUCGCCUCUGUCUGCGGAAGUUUGUUUGGCACCGAAAUAUUGUUCAAGCUUAUGUCGAAUCAGAUGAUGCGCCCCAGCAGCGGGCCUUCUCCACUCCAUUAUGCUGUAAUAUCAAACCUCGAACUCGUGAAAUUUCUGGUCAACGAAGCAGGGUAUGAUGUCAAUUCGAGAGAUCUUGAUCAACGCACACCGCUUCAUAUUGCCAUUAUGACAAGCAAUCUUGCGACGGCAAUCUAUCUCAUCCAGAGCGGUGCAGAUAUCAAUGCAAGUGAUAUGCGUGGCAACACUGCGUUACAUAUGACAAUAUCAUCGCAAGACAGACAGUCCUUAAGGGAGCAUGUCUGGUAUUGUGUUCCUCUGAAGCGUUAUAUCGGCAAAAAAGAUCAACUUAGGAUUGAGAACAAACAGAUAAUCAAGAAGCUUCUUGAAGAGCUUGAUUUGAAGAAGACGUGGCUCAGCAAUGAUAUUGUCUUUGGUUGCUAUCUUGUAAAAAAUGGAGCAGAUGUCGGCAUGAAAAAUGCAAAUGGUUUAACUGCACUUGGUGCAUGCCCAAGAUCCGAAGUCUUGAGUGCUGUAAAGAAAUACAAUGAAAAGUACGUCAACUACAUGCGAAGAGAAGCCACGGAAAAUCGUAUGCAGUCCAUCUCGAGCAGCAGUCACAGUAACGAAAACCAGUACUGUUCCAUCUCUUCAGAAGGCUCACUUGGCUAUCAAGAAUGCAGAUUAUGCCGACAGAACGGCACAGAUGCUUGUUUUGAGCCGUGUGGUGACAUCGCCGUUUGCUUGGACUGUGCCGGCUAUUUUUGCAGGUGUUUCAUUUGCGAGGAAGAUGUUUUGUCUUACUCAAAGAAGGUUGCGGUUUCUGACUGUUUAAUCUGUGAUGAGAAGAUUGCCGAAGUUCUCUUUGAGCCGUGCAAGCAUGUUGUUUGUUGCUCAGCAUGUGCUUGGAGAAUGGCAAAAUGUGUUCAUUGCAAAAUGGAGAUCAGGCAGAAGUUUGAUAAAAACAUGCAGCCAUUGACUGCACCAAAUGAUGCAGACUCGGUACGAUAUGAUGACUUGUUGGCAUCUUUGAAAAACCUCGAGGCAAAGGUGAAGGAAAUCGAGUCUGUUAACACGUGCACAAUUUGCCUUGACAGACAGAAGAACGUCAUGUUCCUUUGUGGCCAUGGAACAUGUGACAUCUGCUCUCCGUCGCUUGAGAUGUGCCCUAUUUGCAGAGAUCCUAUCGAAAAGAAGAUCCCUAUGUUUUGAACAUUCUGAAGUCAAACAACGUUUUACCCAUUAUAUAGACUGUAGGGAUUAUCACAUUAUGAUAUCAUUGUAUAUAAACAGUUGAGGUGUACUAUGGGUGUAUUUUCGAACUAGUCAAUUAACCAAUAAUGUAAUUAAAUGUAAUAAAGAUGUUAUUAAUAGUAAAAAGGUUUUUGGUGGAAUAUUUGUCUUUGGGGUUUAAUUGAUUUAGUUUAAAGUAUUCAUUUCAAUGUAUGAAACUUGUCUUGUGUUUAGUUUAUAAAACGUGAGUACACUAAACAAUAAACAUUUUUCUUGUGUUGAAUUGGUAGAGAAAGCAACAAGAAUUUUGAUUUUUAAACUAGAAUAUUUGAAUUUAAAGUGUAUAUAUUACUCAUAACGAAGAUAUAAACCUCAAACAUAUACUUUUGCUUUUUCAUUAAAAUUUGAUUCAUUUCAAGCUCAUAGCAGUAGAAGGUAUCCUGCGCCCCCUAAGCGAAGUCAAAUCAGAGGGGCUGGUCUCCCCUUGUUAUUGGCAAACAGUAAUCUAUCUCUACUUUUGCUAUUGUUUUUCGCAACAUUUUUGGCAAGAACCUUUCCCUCCCCUCCUGGUUAUUUCGAUAGCAACACAUUCCUGAUUAAGAGUAAAGGUUAGCUUAAGGCUACUACAAAACUACAGUACUACGCCAAUGAGAGCAAUAAAGCAUGUCAUAUUAUACUAAAAUUAACGGCUACAAACAGACAAGAAAGAACGCAUUUCAUCAAGACGCUACUGUAGGAACAUUUCCUUUAUGCAUGAUAGCAUGUUUAGACAACACUAGUUGAACAGCAAAACGUCAAGAGUGAACAUUAAAACGAAUUU